AUGAGUUGGGCAUUUCCUAGAACAGAAACAAACUGGAAGGUAUUGAAAGUGAUAUAUGGCGGAUAUUUAGUUGGGGAUAUAUUCUCUGAUCAAGUCAAUCCAGGAAAGAUGCUGGGAGGCAUGGAAGUUAUUGUGAAGAAGAGGAGGGUGGUUCAAGAGAGUGGAAAUGUUCAUUGGAGGAGGAUGGAGCAGCACAAAUGUCCUGGUGUGGGGUGUGCUGCGUAUAGCGAUGUAUAG